AUGCCCGGCGGGAGCAUGACCUCCUCAGGACCUCUGUUCACAUCCUGGAGUCGAAGCUACCCCUGGCUGCCACCUUUGCCAUGUCUCUUUCUUCAUCUAGCUCUGAAGUCAGUCAUCAGGACAGUAACAGUAGCUGGGAGCUUCUUAAGAAGCGAGUGUCAAACCAGAAGAGAAGUAAAAGUCAACAAAAAUUUAUUAUGUGUGGAGUUCCUUCUUAAAAGAAGAAAACUGAUUAUUGCAACUAUGGAUCGGAGCAAACGGAAUUCAAUUGCAGGAUUUCCUCCACGUUUGGAGCGUCAUGAAGAUUUUGAAGGGGGUGUUGGAAACGAUGGGAACAUGACCCAGGUGGGACGAGUUGGGACAUCUUCAUAUCGAGCUCUUAUAAGUGCCUUUUCCAGACUGACACGUUUAGAUGACUUCACCUGUGAAAAAAUAGGAUCUGGCUUCUUUUCUGAAGUAUUCAAGGUGCGACACCGAGCUUCUGGUCAGGUGAUGGCUCUUAAGAUGAACACAUUGAGUAGUAACCGGGCAAACAUGCUGAAGGAAAUCCAGCUUAUGAAUAGACUCUCCCAUCCCAACAUCCUUAGGUUCAUGGGUGUAUGUGUACAUCAAGGACAAUUGCAUGCACUUACAGAGUAUAUCAACGCUGGAAACCUGGAACAGUUGCUAGACAGUAACCUGUAUUUGCCCUGGACUGUGAGGGUGAAACUGGCCUAUGACAUAGCAGUGGGCCUCAGCUAUCUUCACUUCAAAGGCAUUUUCCAUCGGGACCUCACAUCUAAGAACUGCCUGAUAAAGAGGGAUGAGAAUGGCUACUCUGCGGUGGUAGCUGACUUUGGCCUGGCUGAGAAGAUCCCUGACGUCAGCAUGGGGAGGGAGAAGCUGGCAGUGGUGGGCUCACCCUUCUGGAUGGCACCUGAAGUUCUCCGAGAUGAGCCCUACAAUGAGAAGGCGGACGUGUUCUCCUAUGGUAUCAUCCUCUGUGAGGUCAUCGCCCGCAUCCAGGCUGAUCCGGACUAUCUUCCCCGCACAGAGAACUUCGGGCUGGACUAUGACGCUUUCCAGCACAUGGUGGGAGACUGUCCCCCAGACUUUUUGCAGCUUACCUUCAACUGCUGUAAUAUGGACCCCAAACUGCGCCCAUCGUUUGUGGAGACCGGGAAGAACUUGGAGGAAAUUCUGAACCACCUACAGGAGGAAGAGCUGCAGCCCACCGCUAAGGGACUCCUGGAGAAAGGCUCUGGGAUGAAGCGACUGAGCUCACUAGACGAGAAGAUCCCUCCCAAGUCCCCACGCCCAAGACGUACUAUCUGGCUGUCUCGAAGCCAGUCAGACAUCUUCUCCCGUAAGCCCCCACAUACAGUGAAUGUCUUGGACCCCUACUACCAGCCACGAGGCGGUGCUGCCAGCACCCCCAAAAUCAACCCUUUCAGUGCUCGCCAGGACCUCAAGGGUGGCAAGGUCAAGUUCUUUGACCUGCCCAGCAAGUCUGUUAUUUCCCUGGUAUUUGACCUGGAUGCACCAGGGCCUGGAACUUUGCCUGUGGCUGACUGGCAGGAGCCCCUGGCCCCACCUGCUCGCCGGUGGCAUUCUUUGCCUGGUUCACCAGAGUUCUUGCAUCAAGAGGCCUGUCCAUUUGUAGGCCGAGAAGAAUCCCUGUCUGAUGGGCCCCCACGCCUCAGUAGUCUCAAGUACAAAGUAAGAGAGAUCCCGCCAUUCCGAGCAUCUGCCCUACCAGCUGCUCCAGCCCCUGAAGCCAUGGACUGCUCCAGCUCCCAGGAAGAAAACGGUUUUGGGCCCAGGCCGCAGGGGGCCAGUCCCUGUCUUACAGGUGCCUCUGAGGAGAUGGAGGUAUAA